AUGUUAAAUCCAUCAUUAAAGUUCCAAAGACUCAAAGAUAAAAGAAAAAGAAAAAUAUGGCAGCUAUUCCGCGCUACGGAUUUUGCAUCGUUGAUGUAUCCUUGCUUCAUUGUCUGCCGCCUUAUGGGACUGUUUUCAUACAAAUUCAACGCCUCGAACAUCAAGACUUACAAACCAAGCUAUAUUCUAUCAACAAUCGUUAUGUGCGUUUUCUGCACUGCCUAUUCAAUUAAUUUCUAUGAUGUCAUUAUUGCUGGAAAUACUCGAUUCAAAAGCGUAGGAGUACCCAAAAGACUUGAACUUAUGGGCUUACAUAUUUUUCGUGGUUUUGUAGUUAUUACUACAUUUAUUUUUACUGGACCACGAAUGCGUUUACUUAGGAACAUAAUGGAGGUUUCGUUGAAAUUACCCCCGCAAUCGUUUCAGAAUUUAUCUAGAUUAAUUCAUGCUAAGGACAGUUUGUCUCUCCUGUUUCUAAUUGUGGUAACAUUGACAUUGUGUUGUGUUCUGGACAAUGCCUUCCUGCGCAAAAUUAUGGAUCUAUACAUGAUUUUCAUGGAGUAUCAAAUGGAUAUGCUGUAUAUGAAUUGUGUUUGUAUAUUGAAAGCUUGUUUCAAGCAAAUCAAUGACAAUCUCGUGAAUUUGCGAGAACUCUUGACGAAUGGUGAGCUAUAUUUUCUUAGCGGCACCUAUCGUGCGCAGGAAAAUCCCUUCAUACUGCUGGAGAUCACAGCUCUGAAAAAACAGCAUUUGGCAAUCAGUGACACAGUACGAAUGUUAACAAGUGUCUUUAGUUUGCACCUUGUUUCGACAAUACUUAUAGCUUUCGUUAACAUCAUCUUCAGUAUGUACUGUUACUUCGUACUAUUAAUACAUAAAGAUGUGUACGCGACCAAUUUUGAAAAACUGGUGUAUGAUAAGUUCACAUUUGUAUGUCUAACGUAUUAUAUUAUUAAAGUAGUAUUGAUAGUAUGGGCUUGCGAAACCGGGAAGAAUCAAGCACUGACGAUCAAAACCACAGUUCGCGACGUAUUCAACAACACCAACAAUGAGCAAACAAAAUACGAGGUAAAUUAA